GCUGCAGUUCCAGGGCGGUGGGCGUUGGUGUCCGGGUCUAUGCACCCCGGGCUGUGGCCUGUCAAGUGAUUGCAAGGGUCGGGAGCGAGCCGGGAGUGCCGCGGUGCGAGCCCAUGUGCGGCGUUUCCACCCCCAACACUCCCAGGCCGUGGUGGCUGGAAAUGCAAAUAGCUUGUCCUCCCGGACGUCACAGCACAUGACGCAUGCGCUUGCUUCGCGCAUGCUGAGGUGUGUUUUUUCCGUCUCAGGGCAGGAGCAAUGGUGCUCCAUUUGGUGCCUAGAUGUUCUGCGAGGCUCCUCUGGGCGUCUCCAGGAUGGAGGAGGACGUACACUCAGGGAGCCUCAGUGGGGCAGAAGCGGCUGGGUUGCCCUGGGGAUACAUACAGACCCUUGGCUUGCAGAGGGCACUCCUCGGUCUCUGGCAGCCCUGAGGUGAUGCUAACCCCUGAGCGAUACCCUGUGCAACGCCUGCCGUUUUCUACUGUGUCUGAGGAGGACCUGGCUGCCUUUGAGCGCAUCAUACCCGGCAGAGUUAUCACAGAUCCAGAGCAACUGGAAGCAUGCAAUGUGGACUGGCUGAGGGCCCUCCGGGGCUGUAGCAAAGUGUUGCUGAGGCCCCAGACCUCUGAGGAAGUGUCCCAGAUCCUCAGGCACUGCCAUAAGAGGAACUUGGCUGUGAACCCACAGGGGGGGAACACUGGCAUGGUGGGGGGCAGCGUCCCCGUCUUUGAUGAAGUCAUCCUGUCCACUGCCCUCAUGAAUCAGGUCAUCAGCUUUCAUGAUGUAUCUGGAAUUCUGGUCUGCCAGGCAGGCUGUGUGCUGGAGGAGCUGAGUCACUAUGUGCAGGAGCGAGACUUCAUCAUGCCGCUGGACUUGGGAGCGAAGGGCAGCUGCCACAUUGGGGGCAACGUGGCAACCAAUGCUGGCGGCCUGCGCUUUCUGCGCUAUGGCUCGCUUCGAGGGACUGUCCUGGGCCUGGAAGUGGUGCUUGCUGAUGGGACCAUCCUGAACUGCCUGACCUCCCUGAGGAAGGAUAACACGGGCUAUGACCUGAAGCAGCUGUUCAUUGGGUCAGAGGGCACCCUGGGAAUCAUCACUGCUGUAUCCAUCUUGUGCCCACCCAGGCCCAAGGCUGUGAAUGUGGCUUUCCUCGGUUGCCCUGGGUUCACUGAGGUUCUGCAGACAUUCAGCACCUGCAAGGGGAUGCUGGGUGAGAUCCUGUCUGCAUUUGAGUUCAUGGAUUCUGAAUGCAUGCAGUUGGUUGGACAGCACCUCCACCUGACCAACCCAGUACAAGAGAGUCCAUUCUAUGUCCUUGUCGAGACGUCAGGCUCUCGUGCAGGACAUGAUUCUGAGAAGCUGACCAACGUCCUGGAGAAGGUGCUGAACUCUGGCCUGGUGAGCGAUGGCACUAUGGCCACUGACCAGAGGAAAGUCCAGAUGCUGUGGGCCCUUCGGGAGAGGAUCACCGAGGCACUCAGUCGUGACGGCUACGUGUUCAAGUAUGACAUUUCCCUCCCCGUGGAGCGGCUCUAUGACCUCGUGAUCGACCUCCGCACCCGCCUCGGCCCUCGUGCCAAGCAUGUGGUGGGAUACGGGCACCUGGGGGACGGCAACCUUCACCUGAACGUGACGGCAGAAGCCUUCAGCCAGGAGCUGCUUACCGCCUUGGAGCCCUAUGUGUACGCCUGGACCGCGGAGCAGCGGGGCAGCGUCAGUGCCGAGCACGGCCUAGGCUUCAAGAAGAAGAACGUACUCGGCUACAGCAAGCCACCUGUGGCCGUGAAGCUUAUGCAGCAGCUCAAGGCCCUGCUGGACCCCAAAGGCAUCCUGAACCCCUAUAAGACUCUGCCUGCUCAGGCCUAACUGGAGCUCUUCAUCUUGGGCACGCAGGGUUGGGGGCGGGGCUUUGAGGCCUCCCAUCUGAUGGCACCUGCAACAGACCAGGUUACUUACUGUCUCUCAUUGGCUAGCCGGGAGCCAACUCUGAGGACCCUCUGGGCUGGGCUGCCUUUCUGUGGGGUGAGCAGAGCAGACGCAGCUGUCUGGCUCUUCUCUGGUCUCCUACCAGCUCACUGUGGACAGACUGAGUGGGUGGGUGGGCAGUUUUCCCACUCCUGAACAGGCCAAAUCUCGGCUGCCCCGUGGUGGCUGGUGGAGACCCACCCUGUUGCAGCUCUGGGAAGAGUGUGCCAUGUGAUCUUGUUACUGGAUGGAUCCCUGUGUGGUGUGUGUCCUGUGAGGGCUACCACAGAGUUGUCCAGCCCCAAACCAGUCACCACGAUGACCCAGAGCACCACCACUUGUUCACACGGGGCUGAGUGGAAUCUGCUGUCAUACCAAGCUGGUCUUGGAUUGGUAACAGACCAGGACAGAUCAUCUUCCUUGCUUUUUUUUUUUUUUUCCCUUUUUUUUUUUUUUUUGUUUGUUUAGCUCUGGCUAUCCUGAAACUUACUCUGUAGACCAGACCUUUAACUCACAGACAUCCCCCUGCCUGUGCGUCUGCCUCCUGAGCGCUGUGAUGAAAGGCAAACACCACCACACCCAGCUUAUGUUGUUCCUGAAGGCCUGUCUGGUUGGUAAGCAGGUGUGAUGGGCUAUGAUUGUCUGCAGAGUUGACCUUUCUGGCUGUGGGACUUUACCCAGACUCAAGUGAGAGAGGCAAGUUUCAGUCACAGGCACACCGUGUGGUCUACACGCCAUCCUCUAGGACUCUGGCCAGUCUCAUGACCUAGAGUCCAGGCUGCCUGGGAAGUUGAACACACCUAUCUUCUCUUUUGCUGUUGUCAGUUUCCAGGAAAAAAAAAAAAAUCUAAAUUAUGCUCUGCUGCUGCUAGAAAGUUCUUCACAUAAAGUUCAUUGUAAACUUCUGGCUCAUCA